UGUCUUAACCCUCUUCCUGUGUGUGAUGUAACUUCCUGUAUCUACUGUACCUGUGAGGAGAUCCAGGAAGUGCGCAGUAAGAGUGACCCCAUUACUAUGCUGAAGGAAUGCAUGCUGUCCAACAACAUGGCUUCUGUGGAGGAGAUCAAGGAGAUAGAUGUAGAGAUCAGGAAGGUGAUCGCGGAUGCGGCACAGUUUGCGAUGUCUGACCCUGAGCCGCCAUUGGACGGGCUCUGCAACCACAUCUUCGCCAACGAACCACCUAUCAAGGUCUGCGGGACCAACCCCUGGGUCAAACUAAAGUCUGUCAGCUAGACACACACACACACCUGGACCAAACUACAGUCCAUCAGCGUCACAUCCUCUCCGACCCUCUGCGACACCAACCCCUGGGUGAAAGUCUACUCCUCCUCUCCUCCUUCUCUCAGUAGUUCCCUAAACGCACAAUAGGAGAUGAGGUUGUGAUCCUGUAGGCCAGAGUUCAGUCUGUGGCAGCAUUCUGGAGGCAAAACUGAGAGAUAUCCGCGAGAUGGGCCAGCUGCAAAGUCAAAAUUGGCUAUAUUGUAAAUAUUCUUGCAAACAAUAUAUUUAUUUUGGGUUUUAAUUCAAGGUUAGGGUUAGGCAUAAGGGUUAGCAGUGUGGUUAAGGUUAGGUUUAAAAACUGAUUGUAUGACUUUGUGGCUGUGCUAGCUAGUGACCACUCUGCAGAGCUGCCUCCAGGUCAAGAUUCAUGACAUUAAUGCCAACCUGCUAAUUAUUCACAAUAUGUACUGUAUAAUAUGUCAUUUUAUAUUCAUGUCAAAGUUGGUAUGUAUUCUCCUGACACUGAGGGAUCUGUCUGUGAAUGGGAGGUGAAUUGCAUUGGGAAUGCUUUUGUUCCAGCCCAUUACUAACACACCUGAUUCAACAUAUCAUCCUCUCAACAAGACUUUGAUAAGCUGGAUCAGGUGUGAUAAGUUAAUGCUGUUAUGUAACUUACCAAGCUUGCACACCCUACAGCUAUCAAGGACCAGGGUUGGCCACCCUUGGCUUGGAGAGUGUGUGGGGGUCUGGGUUAAACCAAGUAGGUCUAUCUUUUUCUAAGAUUCUAGUGUUUGUAAGUAAUACGUUCCUCCUCGUUGCACUUUGACUAGAUAAACUUAAGAGACACCAGACUGCAAGUCAUAAUGUCAUCAUAGCAAAAGGGACCAGCAAUGGUAGUCUAUUUGUCUCUCCUGCUCGCUUCCUCUCCUUCUUUUCCUUUCUUUCUCCCUGCCUUCCUCUCUCCGUGAGGAGAGGAUACUGAUUGAAGCACGGUGAAACUGAAGCGUCUGUGAGAAACUAAGAGACUGAACGAUUGGAAUACAGUUUGAUGUGAUUAGACUGAAGCAAUAAAGGUGUCUGAGACUAUGAUGUGUUUGUUGUUAGUUUCUGAUGACACUAGAGAGGUGUUUGUGCAGAGAGCUAAUAAUGUACCAUGCCAGGUGGGUGUAGAGGAGUAGUGUUAUUUACUACUGACAGUGACUUCAGAAAGUAUUCAUACCACUUGACUUUUUCCAC